AUGACACUAAAAUCUAUCAAGAGUACGAGGACGCCAGCUGAGAGUGAUGUGGGAAUGCACCCAGUAGUAUCACAAGUAAAUGUGGAUGAGAUGCACGUAACAUCAAUACUAUCCCAUCGAGGUAUUACUAUCAAUGUUGACCAUGAGGUGAAUGAAGAUGAGGCAAUGAUAUUAGCCAUGGGUUAUAAGCAGGAAUUGAAAAGAGAAUUUUCGUUGUGGACAGUAUUUUCUGUCAGUUUUUCCAUGUUGGGCCUAUUACCCUCAAUUGCUGCUACAUUUGACUAUCAGCAACUAGUUAUCGGGAUGUCACCAAUACCGUGGCUAGUUGCUAUAGUGUUCAUCACAAUGGUGGCAUUGUCUAUGGCUGAAGUGGCUUCUGCUUUCCCUUGUUCAGCUGGAACUCCAUACGUUGUCUCACAAUUGUCACCCCCUAAAUACAGGUCGUAUUUAACUUGGUUUACCUGUUGGACUAAUUGGCUUUGCCAAAUUACUGCUGCGCCUUCAGUGUGCUAUUCGUGUGCCAGUUUGAUUCUAGCUCUAUACUCAUUAACGGAUGCCAAUUACUCUCCUUCCACAGGUCAUGUUUACGGUUUAUCGACCGGAAUUCAGGUGGUAUGUGGUCUUAUCUGCUCCAUGCCAGCGAAAUGGGCCGGGCGUGUCAGUUCUGUGGGUGCAUUUUGCAAUAUUUUGUUUUUGGCAAUUGUUUUUGUCAUGAUUUUAGCUGGUAAUAAAAGAAUGGAAUUGAACGAAGGCGUUUCGACAAAGUUUAACCCCAAUGGUGUAGCUUGGUCGUUGUAUAAUCAAGCUGAAUGGCCGCAAGGGAUUUCUUUUCUAAUUUCGUUCUUGGGAGUCAUUUGGGCUAUGUCGGGGUAUGAUUCCCCCUUCCAUCUAGCUGAGGAGUGUGCUCAUGCUGCCGUCAAUGUACCUAGAGCAAUUGUCAUGACAAGCUCGAUUGGGGGGCUUGUGGGUUUUUUUUUCAUGAUUGCCAUAGCAUACACCGUGGUUAGUAUUGAUGAGAUAGCAGCCGACCCUCAAGGUUUGGGCCAGCCAUUUGUCACCUACUUGUCGCAAAUCAUCGAAAAGAAAUUGGUUUUGGCUGCAACUGCUUUCACCGUCGUGUCAUCUUUUUCCAUGGCCCAGAGUUGUUUAUUGGCAGCAUCAAGAGUAACAUACGCCUAUUCGCGAGAUGGGCUAUUCCCCGGGUCUCAAAUUUGGAAGAGAGUUUCGCCAUUGACUCAAACGCCAAUUUGGGCAGUGGUGAUAAAUGUUAUUCUUGGUCAGUUGUUGUUGUUGUUGCUAUUUGCCGGCGAUGUAGCAAUUGGUGCAACUUUCUCCGUUGGUGGUAUAUCAGGUUUCAUUUCAUUUACCAUGCCUACGUUAUUAAAGAUUACCUGGGCUAGAAAUACGUUCAAACCAGGUCCAUGGCAUUUGGGAAAGUUUUCUGAGCCCAUUGGUUGGCUUUCUGUUGGGUUUAUCACAUUGAUGAUUCCUAUAUUGUGUUUCCCCACCGUAAGGGGCAAAGAUUUAACCCCCAUAGAGAUGAAUUGGACGGUAUUGGUGUAUUUUGGUCCGAUUCUCAUCGUCACUGUGUGGUUUUUCGUUGAUGCACAUAAAUGGUACAAAGGUCCCAAGAGUAAUAUCGAUGAGGCAGAUAUUGUAUAUAAUGAUAAUAGUAGUGAAGGGUAUGAUAAAGUGCAAGUGAUUGAUGCUUCGGAAACAAAUUCUCACAAUAAUGAGAAAUGCUAA